CGACACUCAGUAUACGAAGAGUCUCAAACGGUUCGGCGGAGUUGAAAUAGAGCUUCAAGAGCGAUUUUGAAGGGCUCUUUCAUUCUUGCCGACAUGAUUGCGCAUCGGUCUCGAAUCGCGUUUGGUUGAACUCGUUGGCCUUGUUUCUACAUCUUUUGGUUUUGCUCUGGUUUAAUUGCAGCAUUCUGUUUAGCAGAGACCGUCAUUCCUUGUCCGCAAAGCAUACUACCUUGGUUGGCGGUUUCGCUGUGCCGCAUCGCCACGCCGAAACCCAUCUACUACAAGUAAACGUACACUCGAUCAACUCGACGACAACGGUAACGACAACGACAACGACAACGACGGCCAUGGUAUCCAACAUGGACGAAAAAGCGGUCCUGCCGGGUCGGCGCUCCUCGCCCGGCCGGGACGCUACCCGGAACGACAGCUCCGGCUCUGGCGACCGCGCAUCGCGCAGGCCCGGCGGCUGGUGGAAAGUACACCUUUUCCGCGGUAUGGUCAACGACAUUCGUCGCAGGGCGCCCUUUUACGUCAGUGACUGGACCGAUGCCUGGGACUAUCGUGUGGUCCCGGCCACGGUCUACAUGUAUUUUGCAAAUAUCUUGCCCGCUUUGGCAUUCUCCCUCGACAUGUUUACUAGCACGGGGUCAACAUACGGAGUCAACGAGGUCCUUCUAGCUUCCGUGUUGGGGGCAGUAGUAUUCUCUCUACUAGCUUGCCAGCCUCUGGUCAUUGUCGGCGUCACAGGCCCCAUCACAGUCUUCAACUACACCGUGUACGAUAUCAUGGAGCCAACAGGCACCAACUACCUAGCAUUCAUGUGCUGGAUCGGCCUGUGGUCACUAGUCUUCCACUGGAUUCUCGCCGUCACAAACUCUUGCAACUGGCUCCGCUACGUCACGCGCUUCCCCUGCGACAUCUUUGGCUUCUACGUGGCCUUCAUCUACCUCCAAAAGGGCAUCCAGGUCCUCCAGAGGCUGGGCGACGCCGAGCCCUUUUACCUCUCCAUCGUCGCCGCCUUACUCGUCUUCAUGGUCGCCUACAUCUGCGCGGGCGUCGGCGGGAGCGGCUUGUUCCAUCACCACGUGCGCGUGUUCCUCAAGGAUUACGGCACCCCGCUCACCCUCAUCUUCUUCACUGGUUUCGUGCACAUUGGCAGGAUGAAGCCCGUUGAUUUGGAGGUGCUGCCCACGGGUAUCGCUUUUAUGCCCACGGCGGACAGGAGCUGGCUUGUGGAUUUUUGGAACAUUCCUGUCGGAGAUGUCUUCCUGGCCAUCCCCUUUGCUAUCCUCUUGACCAUUUUGUUCUGGUUCGAUCACAAUGUGUCUUCUCUCAUCGCACAGGGAACCGAGUUCCCACUCAAGAAGCCGGCAGGUUUUCACUGGGACCUCUUCUUGCUCGGCCUGACCACGGGAGUAGCCGGCAUCCUCGGUCUGCCGUUCCCCAACGGCCUCAUCCCGCAAGCUCCAUUCCAUACCGACUCCUUAACAGUUAGCAAAUCAGAACCCGAGACGGACGAAAAGGGCGAGUUCAAGGGCAGCUACGUGGUCAAAGCAUCUCACGUAGUAGAGCAACGUGUCUCCAACCUGGCCCAAGGCCUCCUGACCCUCGGCACAAUGACGGGCCCCCUCCUCGUCGUCCUCCACCUCAUCCCGCACGGCGUUUUAGCCGGCCUCUUCUUCGUCAUGGGCGUGCAGGCCCUCGAAGGGAACGGCAUCACCCUCAAGAUCCUCUUCCUCCUGCGCGACAAGAACCUGACGCCGCCGAACCACCCGCUCAAACAGAUCCGUCGCCGCCGCGCCAUUUGGGAAUUCGUCGCCAUCGAGCUCGUCGGGUUCGGCGCCACGUUCGCCAUCACGCAGACUGUCGCCGCCGUGGGCUUCCCCGUCUUCAUCAUGCUCCUCAUCCCCAUCCGCGCCUGGCUUCUUCCGCGCUGGUUCUCGCCCGAGGAGCUGGGCGCGCUCGACGAGGCGACGGCGUCGCCUUUUACCAUGGAGGGUAUCGGCGGGGUUCACGGGGGCGGCGAUUCGGGCGAUGACUCGGACGGGACGCGGGUGUCUGAUUAUGAGAAUGAUGGGGAUAGACGUACUAGUAGGCAGGCGGCGGGGCAUGGUGAUGGCAUCUUUGCGUCGGCGGAAGCGCCGGGGAGGAGUCAAGAAGAUGUGGCGGAGCUGGGGCAGUCUCAGAGCGUGCAGAGUGCAGGAAAACCGACGAAGAGAGGAGGACACACUGCCACAGCUGAUUGAUGGCCAGUAACGAUUUGAUCAAGAAAUGGAGUUUAUAGAGAACGAACGUAAUGCUUGAUAGUUAAUACCCAGAAACAUUCGAAGAUGGGUGCUCAUCCAACGUUGGUCGAUGUAUCAACGCACCUUCACAUCGGUUCUACUCAGCU